AUGGCGUUCCUCAUGCGCCGACCGUUCGCCGUGACAUCUGCGCUCAAGCAGACACCCAUCACAUCUACCGCCUUCCGCGCCUUCCACCAGGGACCCGUCUCUAAGGCACCCUCCAACUUCAGCAACAAGUUCGCCUCAUCACGAGCAACUUUCCGAAACGCCUUUCAAUCCAGCUUCCGUCGCAACUAUCAGCAACCCGCGGCGUUCCCCAACCCUGCCGCCUCUGGAAACCUCACUCAGCGCCUUCUCUAUGGCGGUGCCAUCUUCGGUGGUACUCUGCUCGCCAUCAACCUCGUCUUCAACCGCGAGACCAGAGAUGAUGGCGGCAUGCCUCCGUUCGAACGCUCCUACCUGAACGACACUUUCUUGCACACUGGUCUUGGUAUCGGAAUCAUCGGUAUCGCCGCUCGCGCCCUUCACAGCAACGGAUGGAGUUACCGUCUCAUGGCCGCUAACCCUUGGUUGAUUCUCGGUAUUGGUCUUGUUGGCUCCAUCGGUACUAUGAUGGGUACCCGCAUGUGCCCUCCUGAGAACUACGUCGCCAAGUACGCCCUCUGGACCGCCUUCAACCUGACCCAGGCCGCCCUUUUGUCUCCCCUCAUGUUCUACAACCCCGCCAUUCUCGCUCGCGCCGGUCUCUACACUGUUGGUCUGAUGGGCAGCAUCGCCUUUGUUGGUGCCACUGCCAAGCAAGAGAAAUACCUAUACAUCGGUGGCCCUCUCCUCGCUGGUGUCGCUGUUGUCGCUCUGUCUGGUCUUGCUCCUCUCGUUCUCCCCGCCACCGCCACUCGCGCUCUCAUGUUCACCGAGAACCUUUGGCUCUACGGUGGUCUCGUCGUCUUUGGUGGCUUUACCCUCUACGACGUUCAGAAGGUCCUCCACCACGCCCGUCUCAGCGAGCGCGGUCUGAUCAAGCGCGACCCCGUCAACGAGGCCAUCUCGCUUGAGCUUGACUUCAUCAACAUCUUCGUCCGUAUGGUCCAGAUUCUGGCCAUGCAGCAGAACAGAAGAAAGUAA